UCUACUACUCUCCGACCAAAAACAACAACAAAAUCUUUCCAUUACUCCCUCCUCCCUCCCCCGCCCACCUCAGCCGACUCCCACUUGCAGUCCACCACCACCAACCCAAAACGACACCAUCCCCAACCCAAAACGACAAUGCAAGCACAGCAAAACCCUAACAUCCCAGUUAGCGAAAUCUACUGGUCUCUCCUCCACAAAGCCGACAAGAAAUUCUCCAAAAUCAGAGAGCUCCCCUAUUACCACCGCAACAGGCACGAGUACGACGCGUAUUUCUACAAGGUCUUCAAGGUGUACACGCAGCUAUGGAAAUUUCAGCAAGAAAAUCGCCAGAAACUUGUGGAGUCCGGUCUCCGGCGAUCGGAGAUUGGCGAGAUCGCGUCGCGAAUUGCGCAGCUCUACUUGGGGCAGUACAUGAGGACCAGCGAGGCAAGCUACCUCUCCGAAGCGUACAUAUUCUACGAGGCGAUUCUCAGCAGAGAGUACUUCAAGGAGGGCAUGUUUCAGGACCUGAGCUUGGCCAACAAGCAGCUCCGGUUUGUUUCGAGGUUUUUAAUGGUGUGCUUGCUCUUGAAUCGGCGAGAGAUGGUGCAGCAGCUGCUCAAUCAGCUCAGAGUCUUGGUUGAUGAGUGCAAGAGGACCUUCCAGGAAACUGAUUUUAAAGAAUGGAAGCUGGUGAUUCAGGAAAUAGUUAGAUUUUUGAAAGCUGACACAGCUUUUAUGAAUAUCAGGCCUUUGAGAUACAGUAUUGUUCUAGACUGUCAUCCUGAUUCCCUACCACAUGUUUCCACAGCAGUUGCAAAGAGGUCCUUGAGACUGCGAGAUGCUAUACUGAGCAGCUACCAUCAUAAUGAGGUAAAGUUUUCAGAGCUUACUCUUGACACUUUUAGGAUGCUUCAGUGUCUGGAGUGGGAACCUAGUGGCUCAUUUUACCAGUCUAGUGGGGCUAAAAAUGGUCAGAAUGGGGCACCGGCAUCCAGCCGCAUUAAUUACUCUCAAGAUAUUGCCGAUCCUACUCUGCCACCUAAUCCAAGAAAGGCUGUCUUAUACCGUCCGUCUGUUACACAUUUUCUAGCAGUUUUGGCCACAGUUUGUGAGGAGCUUCCCCCUGAUGGAGUUGUUUUGAUAUAUCUGUCAGCUUCAGCAGGUGCUGGAAUGUACUCUGAUGCAACGUCCCCUUCUACCUUGGCCUAUUCGUCUGAUAGGAUAAACCCUUCUCGUGGACAAGGUAAAGGAGAUGGUUCAAGCUCUCAGGCGGGCUGUUUACAGUUUGGUAGCCAUAGAAACGGAGGAGUGAAUAACAUUUAUCCGAGUGACUUGGUUCCAUUUACACGAAGACCACUUGUUUUAGUUAUUGACUGUGACAGCAGUGAAGCUUUUGAGGCUAUCAACGGAGUACAAAAAGGAGAGACCGCUGCAAUGCUCCUAUCUUCUAGCUCCUCAUAUCACACUACUCUCGGUUCCUCUCGUCAGUCAAGUGGAAGCCUAUUCACUAUUUUCCUCACAGCUCCAGUGCAGGCUUUCUGUUUACUGCUUGGUAUUUCAGGUUCUGACAUUGACAUGGAAACAUUUGACAAGGCAGAGAAGCUUCUUUCCAGUUCGUUAAGUGAAUGGGGGUCUACUUUGGUGACAUUGGACACUAUUGAUCCUGUUUGGGCACAGAUUUUGAGUGACCCCUUCCUAAGGCGACUCCUUUUGAGGUUCAUAUUUUGUCGGGCUGUGCUAUCACUCUUUGCUCCAACCUUCGAUAAGAAGGAAUUUAUUCCAAAGUGUACGCCAUGUCUUCCAGUGUCUGUCUCGCCAAUGUCAACGGCUUGUCAAACUGUAAUUUUACAGACAGCAAACAUCUUUGGAGCGACCAACAAGUUCAUCUUCUCAGAAGGACUUGAACUCCCCGAAAAUAGACAGGGCGAUACAGAGUCAAUGUCAUGUUCAUGAAUCAUACAGGGGUAAAGCGCAUUAUAGCUAGACAAGUUAUUGGUGGGUGAAUUUGUAUUCGUGAUUUGGACUCGUGGUGCCAAGACUUUCCCGAUACCUUGUGUGGGUUUUGUAUAAGAAAUGUUUUUGGCAUCCUGAAUUUGUAAUAUUUGUGAGAUAAGUUGGACUUUAAAUUUGAUGUCUGCUUAAAUGAGAA